AAGGGACAGUCAGCCCGUUGCCAGGAAGCGGGAACGGACACAAUGGGGUCUGGAAGUUGGGCCGGGCGGGGUCGGUAAUCUGGGCACCCCACCUAGACUUCCGGACACAGGAGCCACAGGAGUGGGUCAGUGCAUCAACUUCAGGCCCCGCCCCCUCCGGGAACCGCGUCUCCCACGCGGCCCCCUCUCUCCGGUGUCCUCACACGAUGCGCCUAAAAUAUCCCGCCCCGCACCCCAGAACAGGGAAUUAGACCCCCGCAGUACUGAACCCUAACUUGGUGCGCCCACCCCUACUGACCCUGAAGCUCGGUCCCUGCCCCGCGCCUCCCAGAGCCAGGAAGGCUACCGUUUGUUUUUCCGGCGCCCGGGAUACGGGACAGGCCCCGCCCCGAGUCCGCUGCGCUGGAGCCAAGCGGGCGCGGGUCGGGGCUGGCGGCCACCUCUAUCAACAGGUGCAGCGGACUCUAAGCGCCUCCGCGUGCCAUGGGCUCGGACGCCUGGGUGGGUCCUUGGCGGCCGCACCGGCCCCGCGGCCCCAUCGCAGCGCUCUACACUGGCCCGGGACCCAAGUACAAGCUACCACCGAACACCGGCUACACUCUGCACGACCCGUCGCGGCCCCGCGCCCCCGCCUUCACCUUCGGCACACGCCUCCCCACGCAGCAGACGCCGUGCAGCCCGGGGCCUGGCCACCUGGUGCCCGCGCGCAUGACCGUGCGCGGCCCAGACGGCGCCCCAGCCUACUCCAUCUGCGGCCGCCCGCACCACGCAGCGCCCUUCCUCACUCCCGGACCGGGCCGGUACUUCCCGGAGCGAGCAGGGAACGCGGCGUACCCAAGCGCGCCUCAGCACACCAUCGCUCCCCGAAACUGGGGCGUCCACACGGAGAAGCACACCCCAGGUCCCGCGGCCUACACAGUGCCCUCGCUCCUGGGCCCGCGUGUCGUCGUUAAAGCCUCGGCUCCAACUUACUCCCUCUACGGCCGCAGCGCAGUGGGCAGCUUCUUCGAGGACCUCAGCAAGACCCCGGGUCCCUGCGCCUACCACGUGGUGAACCCCGCCAUCUACAAGUCUCGGGCCCCCCAGUUUACGAUGCUGGCGCGGACUUCGCUCCCCCAAGACAAGGCCCAGAACCCCGGGCCCGCAGCCUACAACGUGGACCAGGUGGUCUGCAGCCCAGGGUCAAGGCACCGGAAGCCCCGCGGCUGGACCUUCGGGAUCCGGCACUCGGACUACGUCGCCCGGACGGUGACUGACAUGGACUGAGCCCAGGAGGGCACAGCCCCACGCGAGUCUGCUUAAAGCUUCCGGAGCCA